GCCGCAGCCGCAGCCGCAGCCAGAGGCCGGAAUUGUUUCCUGGGCUAAGCGCAGCAAGCUGGGAAAGCGUUUCCGGAAGGCUGGUUACAUCCCGCAGCUGAUUUUGGACGCUUCUGGUGUGGGCGAGAGGAGGGAGCAGCCCGAGCGGCGGGAAGGGCAGGGUUAAAUAUUUCGAUUUUGUACUUUGAAAACCGCUGACAGCAUCUGGUAAUGUGUUGACUGGCGCUAUGGGCAGACGAUACCCAGGGGCUCACUAUCGUCCAAGCAGCUCAUAUUUCAAAUUAUAAUCCUUUUCCUGAUCCAUUGCUGAAGCCCCGUGAUCCAUGUCAGAAGUACUUCAAGUUGACUCCAGUGUGGACGCAUUGGCUGUGUUUAUGGCAAGCAGUAGCACAACCGACGUUGUGAAUCGCAAUAAUCCUGCCACUCCCCCUAAUACUCUUAACUUGCGCUCCUCCCAUAAUGAACUGUUGAAUGCGGAAAUGAAGCAUACAGAAACAAAGAACAGCACUCCCCCAAAAUGCAGGAAAAAAUAUGCAUUAACUAACAUUCAGACAGCCAUGGGCCUUUCAGAUCCAGCAGCACAGCCCCUUCUGGGGAACAACUCUGCUAAUAUAAAGCUGGUGAAGAAUGGAGAAAAUCAGCUUAGAAAAGCAGCAGAGCAGGGGCAGCAGGAUCCCAACAAAAAUCUCACUACAACUGCAGGGAUAAACAUUACUUCUGAGAAGUUAGAAGGUAAAGAAGCAACCCCUCAGGAUUCUGCAGGCUGCGAAAUAUUCUCCUCUCAACCUAGGAGCACCAAGAGCUUCCUAAAUUACUAUGCAGAUCUGGAAACAUCAGCCAGGGAAUUAGAACAGAAUUUUGGGAACAGUCAUGUAGUGAUGGAGGAGAAAGCAGCACAAAGUAACAGCCAGGCUUCCACCGUGAUUGUCAAUGGGGAUAUACUGCCUCAGAAACAAAACAAGCUGUCCAGUCCAGAAGAUGGCCAAGUAGCCACUGUAUCAUCAAGUCCUGAGACUAAGAAGGACCAUCCUAAAACUGGAGCCAAAACAGAUUGUGCAUUACAUCGGAUUCAAAAUCUGGCUCCAAGUGAUGAAGAUUCCAGCUGGACAACGUUAUCACAGGACAGUGCUUCUCCAAGUUCACCUGAUGAAACAGCAGAUAUAUGGAGUGAUCGCUCAUUUCAGACCGAUCCUGACUUGCCACCUGGCUGGAAAAAAAUCAAUGACAUUGCUGGGAUCUAUUAUUGGCACAUACCAACAGGAACAACACAGUGGGAACGUCCUAUCUCCAUACCAGCAGAUCUUCAGAGCUCAAGGAAAGGAUCACUUAAUUCUAUUACCCCAUCUCCUACCCCAGAAACUGAGAAACAGCCAUGGAGUGAUUUUGCUGUACUGAAUGGGGGAAAGAUUAAUAGUGACAUUUGGAAGGACCUCCAUGCAGCCACAGUGAACCCAGACCCCAGUCUAAAAGAAUUUGAGGGAGCAACAUUACGCUAUGCAUCUUUAAAGCUCAGAAAUGCUCCACAGUCUAAUGAAGAUGAUUCCUGUAGCAUCAACAGUGAUCCAGAAGCCAAGUGCUUUGCUGUGCGCUCUUUGGGAUGGGUGGAAAUGGCAGAAGAAGAUCUUGCUCCUGGAAAAAGCAGUGUGGCUGUGAACAAUUGCAUCAGACAGCUAUCUUACUGUAAAAAUGAUAUCAGAGACACCGUUGGUAUAUGGGGAGAGGGAAAAGACAUGUACCUUAUACUGGAGAAUGACAUGCUAAACUUGGUUGAUCCCAUGGAUCGCACCAUUCUUCAUUCUCAGCCCAUUGUGAGCAUCAGAGUCUGGGGAGUGGGUCGUGACAAUGGACGAGAGAGAGACUUCGCUUAUGUAGCAAGAGACAAAGACACGAGGAUUUUGAAAUGUCAUGUGUUUCGAUGUGACACGCCUGCAAAAGCCAUUGCAACAAGUCUGCACGAGAUCUGCUCUAAGAUUAUGGCUGAACGGAAGAAUGCUAAAUCUGUGGCUUGCAGCUCUUUACAAGAGCGAACAAAUCUCACCCUUGAUGUUCCCCUGCAAGUAGAUUUCCCAACACCAAAGACAGAGCUGGUACAGAAGUUCCAUGUGCAGUACUUAGGCAUGUUACCUGUAGCUAAGCCUGUGGGUAUGGAUACUCUGAACAGUGCCAUAGAAAACCUUAUGGCUUCCUCUAGCAAAGAGGAGUGGAUGCCAGUUACCAUGAACGUUGCUGAUGCUACUGUGACAGUCAUCAAUGAAAGAAAUGAAGAACAAAUCAUGGUGGAAUGUCGUGUUCGGUUCCUGUCCUUUAUGGGAGUGGGCAAAGAUAUCCAUACAUUUGCCUUCAUUAUGGAUGCAGGGAACCAGCAUUUUGAGUGCCAUGUUUUUUGGUGUGAACCAAAUGCAGGCAAUGUAUCAGAAGCAGUUCAGGCUGCGUGUAUGUUACGGUAUCAGAAGUGCUUGGUAGCCAGACCUCCUUCACAGAAAGUUCGACCACCCCCUCCUCCUGCAGACUCGAUGACCAGAAGAGUCACAACUAAUGUCAAACGAGGAGUCUUGUCCCUUAUUGACACUUUAAAACAGAAGCGUCCUGUUUCUGAGAUGCCAUAGCUGCUCAAGGGAAAGGAUUCUUGUAACACUUAAUUGAAGAUAAAAUAGCUACACUAAAGAAAAUGAACUGAUGUUCGACCUUCCAUUUUAAAUUGCUGAUGCUUUGUCUUCAAAGAAUUUAUCCAUAUCAAAACAAUGUUAGACAAGCAUGUUCUCUCGUUCUUGCCAUCAUCAUGUGAUAUGAAAAGACGCAUGAGUGAUUUUUUUGCUGUCAGUGAGUUACAUCAUGAGCAGUGGAAGGUCUAUUUGAUUGUAAAUAUUAUGAACAUUACCUAAAUUCACACAAAAACAGAAUAUGGCCACGUCCCUCCUAGUGAACUAAUGUUAAAGUCCUUGGAGUGAUUGCCUGAAUUAUAGUUUCACCAUCUUCUUGAGCUGGAUUUGUCACAAGAAAACCAUUAAAUCCUACAGCACUUUGCCCUGUUUUCAACACUGGAGUAGGUACAGAGUAUUAGUUACCAUAAAUUACUGUAGUUUAAAUACCAAGUUUUAUUUUUACAAACUGUACCUGUUAGUGAGUUUUAAAAUGUGUGUUGGCAUUGGUUUAGCAACCACUUUAUAACUUGGCCUGACAUGCCUUUUGAAUCAUAGUGAUCCUAUUUCAUUUAAUGUUUAUGUAUUAUGAUUUUGGAGAAGAAAAGUUUUGAGUAAUUCAGAGCAGGAUGCAUCACCUGUAGCCUUUCACCCCAAAACAGAAAAAAUUUUACCUGGGGCUGUUAAAUCUAUUCUUGAAAAUCCUACAUGGUGCAACAAAAAUGUGAUUUAUUAAACUGUAGGUUCUUACCAUCUAGAAUUCUGAGAGGGACCUAUUCAGAACUGUUAGAUAUGAUACAAACUAGAACGCUACACAUUGUCCCUGUCUUACUCCUGCGUGCAAACUUUCAACUGAAGGCCUGAUCACAACGUUCUUUCAUUUGGAGUUUGGUGCUGUGUUAGUAAUUACAUGAGAUGCAAAGAAAGGACUAUUACAUUUUUUGUUGUGCAAAUCUGUUCCCAUUUAUACCACGAUGAGGUUUCAUUUUACUUUUAUGCCCUUUUUUGUAGCAGCUCUCAACAAAGGAAUGAUGGAGCUACAUGUAGUAUAAUCUGAUUUCAGAGCUUUUGUUCCAAAGCUCCAGCUGUGUUUGUUCACUCAACUGUAAAUUCUUUGACAACAAACUGGGUAGUAUUGCCCCUUAAAAGCAUACAUUGUACUAACCUUUGAAUGCACCUAUUUGCUUAUCUUUUUUCUGUGUUUUUCUCCCUUGCCACAGCUAUAGGUUGGUACUACAGUAAAAAUGAAACAUUGCAGAUUUUUUUAACAGUGUUAAAAAAUUUCUGUCUCCAUUGUUAGAUGUCUGCCCUGAAGGCUGAUCCAUCUGGGUCUGCUGACACUAUCAUUCUAAAGCCACAGUGUCUAUAUGGCUAUAGUGGCUACUGCUAUAGCAAAGUAGCUAUGCUCAACUGGUCAAA